AUGCUUCUUGCUGGGGAGGUCGAUGCAGUGUGGGACUGCAAGCCCGACAAGAAAGAUGACCCUAUCAAUUGGGUAGAGCUCAAGACAUCUGCAACAAUACGACAUGCAAACGACGCUAUAAAUUUUGAGCGCAAGCUUCUCAAGUUCUGGGUCCAAUCAUUUCUCCUCGGAGUUCCAAAAAUAAUAGUCGGCCGGCGUGACCAAGAUGGUUAUCUCCUAGCAAUUGAAGAGUAUACUACCGAUGAGAUUCCCAAUAUUCCCAAAAGAGGGGCAAAUACAUGGGAUGCAAACACGUGCAUUAACUUUGCCUCUCAGUUUCUGACUUGGUUGAAGACAAUCGUAAACUCGGAAGGGGUUUGGAAAAUUCGAAAGGCUGCCAAGUCUGGUCAGAUUGAAGUGCUUAAAACCCAAGAAACUGGCCAUGGAAACAUUCUGACCCCCGAAUUUGUCGAAUGGAGAUCGCAAGGGUAG